AUGGCUGAACGAUCCCGACGAGCUGUCGAGACGGACCUCUCGGACAAUGAGGGAGGCACUGGGUCCCACCCGACCCGCCUACGAUACACCUCACUUCGACAGUUGAACCAUUGGAUUGAUGAGGCCGGUUUCGGGUGGUUCCAUUGGAAGAUGAUGGUAGCUGUUAGCGGCAUGCAAAUGCAGGACGGUGCUGAAGUCGUAUUGAUGUCUAGCAUACUGCAGGCCCUUCAAGAGGAGUGGCGCUUCUCCAAUUGGAUAAGAGGAUCCCUUGUAUCUGUUCCAUUCGUCGGAGUGUUACUUGGCAGCCUCAUGGCCGGCCACAUUGCCGAUGUCGUGGGCCGUCGACCUGCCAUCCUCACAUCGUACAUCGUCAUGGUCGUAGCAGGUGUGUUCUCAGCAUUUGUCAACACAGUAGACGGCCUCAUGAUCACGAGGAUAUUCGUUGGCUUGUCUUACGGUGUGGUGACUCCCAGUACUCUCACCCUUCUCUUGGAAUGCACCCCUUCUACCAAACGCAAUGUUGUUAUUGCCUUCAUCCUUGGAAUGUUUUCUGCCGGCCAGCUGCUGGUCACGGCUCUUCUAUGGUGGUUGAUGCCGGACCUGCGGCUCCACGGUGACAACUGGCGCUGGGUUAGUGCCCUUGCUAUCCUGCCAGCACUAGCAUGCCUCCCAUUCGCUGUUUGCCUUCUACGCGAGUCGCCUUACUAUCUUCUGUGUCACCAUCGAAUAACGGAGUUGGUAACUCUCCUGAAGGAGAUGGGUCGAUGCAACGGCACCUCCGAGAAGUUGUUGGACCUUAGUGAAGACACCGUUAUUCCAGCUGAUGUCCCUGUUGAUGACGAGAAGCACUCCUUCACCGGAAGGAUAUCUGGCGUUUUCGCCAAGCGUAACCAGGUCAACGUUGCCCAUUUCCCAAUUCCUGCCGCAGGUACCGGCUGGGCGACAGUAGCCCUCUGUUUCCUCACUUUCACCGGCAACUUCGCCUUCGUUGGAGUCGCCUAUAUGCUGCCGAUAGCCCUCCGCCAAAUGGCUGAUAGAGGAUGGGAUGCUGCUGGCGGCCCAAGCCCAGCCCUCUCCCUUUCUCUCAUCACCAUAGCUGGGGUGGUCGGGGAUGGCCUCUCGUGCCUCGUAGUCGUCGACAAGUUUCCUAUAGGCUUGAAGGGGGUCAUUGCUGCCUCUGCGUUUGUUGCAGCGCUUCUGAGUCUGGGAAUGAUAUCUUUGGACCUUGCCGCUCCCAUCGUUGGUUUGAUGUUGGCAUUCCUCUACAAUCUCCUCAGUCAGCCCUUCCUGAGCACAGUAUACGUCUAUAUUCCUCAUAUCUACCCCGCCUUCUGUCGGACGACCGGUAGUGGUUUCUGUAUGAGUUGGGGGAGAAUUGGCGCUGCUGUGGUACCUCUCAUCUUCGAAGGGUUGGGUAGUCUGAGUGAUGAUGUGAUGGACUCCCGUCCCCCUGCAAACCAGACUCGGACUUGGCCCUUUUCUCUUGCAUUGGCGUUCCUCUUCGCUGUCUGCACCAUCGUCGCACUGCCUCUCCCUGACGAAGCGAGGAAUACGUCCCUCGACACCUGUGCAGUCGAAUGGGCUGAAUACGAGGAAGAGGCAGACCAGUCUUCUGAGGAGGAGAGGAAGGCUCUCAUCGACGACAACGCCAAGCAGGCAUGA